AUGCGGUCAACAUAGUAGCUGGAGUAAAUAUAUUAGCCAUUGUCCAAUUAGAACAAUAUCAAGAAUUCAUAGCAAUCAUUCAGCCAGUCAAACCAGACUUCAUCAGUGAAGCAGAAAAUCUUUUCCUCAAAGUAAAUAGACCAAAACAUAAACUAUCAAGUGCCUUUAAUGUAAUCAACUCAAAGGGUUUAGAAAUAAAAUGAUAAAAGAUUACACAGCAAUUAAGAAAUAAGCUAAGGCAAACCGUUUGUACUUGCUACGUCACAUUCAACGAAUCAGCUAAGAAAGAGUUUAAACGAUAAGAACUAUUUCACUUAAUAAAUGAGCAAAGGUACUCCAGGAUAUAUUGUCAAGAAUUCAUCCAAGGUCAAAGACCGAUAAUCAUUAAAUGCUGGAGAGGAAUAUUUUAAUCAUUCAGAAAUUGAACCACUACUUUAGUCAUAAGACUAAAAGAGAGAGUCAUUCAUUGAAAAGCAGUAGUAGCUGAAGCAAAAGAGUCCAAUAUCCAAUGGUCAAAUCCUUCAAUCUGAUUUCAAGCUAAGCAAGAAUAGGCUGUUUGACUUCUAAUAGCAGGACAAGUUUGAUGUUUACGUGGAGGAUGUUGACGGAUCUCCAAACGAUUAAAUUUAUCAGCAAAGCACAUAACUCUCCCCUUAGUAAUUAUACUUUUCGAGUUCUAAGAAAAAUUAGCAAACUCCUUGGACAGGAACCAAUUAAAAACGCAUCAAAACUGCUAAUAACACGCAGAUUAUCAAGCAGUAAUCUUCAUCAAAGGAAGUCAUUAUCCCACCUAAAGACUAAAUCAUGUUUAAGCAGUCAUAAAUGUCAGGAACAGCCACCAGAUUCUGGAAUAACAUGAAAUUCAACCCUAACCUUGCAAAUAAUGAGGAAAAACAGUUGAACCCGACUGUCCCUAAAUUCUUUAAUGGCCCUUAGUAUGACGAAAUAGUAAAUCAACCAUUAGCAGAUGAAAAGAAGAUGAUAUACUACCUUAAGAAAGAAAUAGAGGAGUACAGAAAUGACAAUAAGAAGAUAUCCUAUACAUCUAAAAAAGAUGUUAUGAUAAAACUUUUAAUUGAUGAGCUAGACAAACAGCAUAAAAGAAUAAAUUUCCUAGAGAAUAAGAUUAAGGAUCAAAAGGCUAGAAUACUUAGAAUGGAAGAUGCUAUGAAACAAAAGAGUCAUAGACUCUUACUAAGAUGUGGAUCUGCGUACAAGCCAAUUAAAGUUUAAAAGGAUUUAAUAAAUGUUGAGAGUUAAUCAAGAAGUAGAAGCUAAUCUGCGAGAAAUUCAAGAAGAGGGGAAAGCCAAGGGGAUCCUGAAGAGCAAAAGAAAAAUCAAGACAUAUAAGAAGUAACUGCUGAGAAUGAAACUAGCGUCACUAAUCAUCAAAUAGUCUAAGGUUCGAUUGUAGAAAACCCUGAUGAAUUGAUGCAGUAGCUUGAGCAAGAGUAUCAAAGUUAGCAAUAAAGAUUUAUGAAUAUGCUUGAGGCACAUCUAACCUAAGUAGAGAAAGUUGAUUAAAGUACUUAGCUCGAAGAAGAUGAGCUCUAUGAAGAUCCUAAAUACAAAAGGUCAAUAAUUAUGCAUCAAGAUAACUAAAAGCUUACCAGAGUAGUCAUUAAUCGAGAAGAUUUAUUAUUUGAUGUUUGUGGAAGACAUAUUUCAAGAAAGCAAGUAGAAUUAAAUGUGAAUGCUCUAAUUUUUGAUCUGGAGAAGACUAUCUCACUUCUUAAAUAAUAUCACAAACUUUCAGACUUUAUUCAUUCACAUAAGCUUUAAGAUGAGUCUAAACUAACAUUUUUCCAGAUAUUAGAGGAAUUCUAAAACAGAGCAGCAAAUAUAAUAAACUGUGAUCAAGUCAUUUACUGUAUGAUGGACUAGCCAUCUAAAGAACUAAUUCAAUUCACUAAGAAGUAAGUUCUCAAAAGCAAGUGGGCUGAGCUUUUUAGCUUUAAAUAUGAGAAUAUGGGAGAUCAUUUUGCACUAAACAACCCAGAGGAGAUUAAGAAUCUAAUUAAUGUAGAAAAGCUUAAGGAAUUCCUAGGCUAUACCAAGACUCAUCCAAUUGAAAGCAUUAUUAUGACAAAAUUUUAAAUACUUCUAAAAUAAGGAGUAUCAAUUGCAAUAAACUCGUCUACUUUUGAUUUUUCACUAAGAGGAAUGAAGAGUAACUUUCAAUAGUAAUGUGGAUUUUUCACUCAAAUGGACAAUGAGAUACUUCAAUAGCUCAGUGUCUCAUGUCUAAGAAAACUGAAUAGAGAAAGAGACCUUGAUCUGAAGAUUAAGCUCAUAAGAACUUAUAGAAAUCUCUUCAGGAUAGGAAUUAAUCUGAAUUCAAGGUCUAAUUACGCAAGUUUGAUUUAUGAAUCUGAAAAGAAGUUGAAAGAAAUGAUGCUAGUUAAGAAUGUGACCAUACUGAUUAUAGACCAUGAUAGAUAAAGCUUUGUCAAGCUGAAUCAUCACUGUAUUGGACCAGAUGGACGUGAAUUUGAGCUGUCUGAAUCAGAAAUAUAGUAGCUAGAUUUGCCUUAAGACAUUUAAAUAGAGGGUAAUCUCCUAUAUAUGCCAUUUAAAGGACUUGCAUAGCAUUGUGUUAAGGAAAAGAAAACUUUGGUGAUAACUGAACCUCUAUCAUAUUAGGAAUAUGACAAGUAUAUAGAUAUAGACUUUGACAGUUAGAAGAUUACACCAAUCAUCUGUGUCCCCUGCUUUAACAGAGAAGAUAACUCAAGAGUAGAGGCAUUAAUUGAGAUAGAGUUUAAAAUGAAGCACUACCUCUCUAGUAACCCCCUAAUGGGUGGAUAAUACGGCGAAUUCAAGCUAGACAUUGUUGCUAAGGAGUAACUCGAAAUAUUCCAAAAUUAACUCAGAAUCUCAAUUGAAAGAUUAAAUAUUCUUAAAAAAUACCAGCAGCGACUCAAAUUGAAACAGAAUGGAGGCAUUCAUCAGUUGACUGAUAUGCUCUAGAUUGGAGAUGCUCUUUCUCCCAUUAAAUUACGAGAACAGUUUACAACACUAGACAAGCAGCAGAUUAACAACGACUUCGAGAUGCUGAGGCCAUUGAGUGAAAUUGGAAUUUUUAAUGAUGAUAAAUAUGACUGUCUUUCUGAUGGAGAAUAAUGA